AUGGCCCUAGUGAACAAAAUGAUGCGAGACGCAUCUGACACGGCAGGUUCAAAAGAGACAUUCUGCGUUAACCGAUACCAAGGUAGCGUUGUCACGAAAGAAAAUCCGAUGGCUCAGAGCAAACUGGUUGACGCACGGUCGUGCAUGCUGGCAUGUGUUCUACAUGAGGAGGAAAACUGCGAAUUCGCCUCUUAUUCCGUUUCAUCCGGUCAUCCAACGUGCAAGCUAUACAGGAGAGGAAUCGAAGACGCCGUAGUCAGAGUCAAUAAUAAAGAUAGCGACGUGUUUCAGCUUCUCAAGUCUUGCCAGAAUUCAAAAAAGAAAAAAAUAAGCGACAUAAGCAGUAUGGCGGAUAUGGUCACGGAGGAGGUGGUUGCAUGGGUGGAUCUUGUAUUGGUGGUGGAGGUGCAGGCUUUGGUGGAGGUUGGGGAAUGUGGUCUCCUUGGAGUAUAUGCAAAGGUAGCCCGUCAAUGCCUGGAUGGGGUAAGUUCAGUUUCGUUUUAAUA